UUCUCUCGUGUUCGCGCCCAUUGCGUCAUUCUUUAUUCUUGUGCCGAGAUAGUCACAUCGCCAUUAGUAAAAUGGGAAAAAGAAAAUACAGGAGAUCAGAUUCGGACGAUGAAUCUAAGGAAAAUAGGAUAACUAAAAAGAUGAAACGCCUGUCGAGAGAUCUUAAAAAGCUUGAGGAUCGAAUACGGAAGAGACGGGCACGAGACCGUGAUUCGAGAUUAGAGGAUGGUGAUCAUAAACGGCAGAAAUCAUCCAGUGGCAGAGACAGGAGAAAUCUGUCACAAAGCCCUUCACGAACUCCACCCGAUUCUCCAUUUAUCCCGUCGGAUGAUGAUCAACGAUCGCCCUCGAUUGACGAGGGGCUCACUGUGGAUACAAUAGAAGUUGCGUUGGGCGGCGAGGUCGCAUCGACCUCGAAUCAUUCUCAUGAUCCGCCCGUUGGUACUUCCACAGCACCGGCAGAGGCUUCUAUUGAACAUCAACCGACAGUAAAACCAGGAGGAGAUUCAUCUUCUUUAAAUGCCCAAAAAACUGAGGCUUCUGGGCAAGAGAAUGAACUCAUUAUUGAAGACCUGGAUGAGGAAAUUUUGGAUGUAAUCGGCAAACGAGUUGCAGAAGACAGAGUGCUGGCCCCAGCUAUUCCUAAAAGUAUCGCUGUUCGGCUGGAAGACAUUUUGAAGAAAGGUCUUCCAAAGGAGGAAAGAGAAAAGCUAAUCAAGGAACAUGCACCACCAAAAAAUUGCGUCUUGAUUGAUCCUCCUAAACUAAAUGAAGAGGUUAAAGUUUCUAUAGCGGAACCA